CACCCCCCAUUCCCUCCAUUACCAUCCCAUCCCUCACUUCACUUCUUAACUACCAUGGCUAGUCGUAGUAGGACUAGGCUCUUGGCUCUUGCCCUCGUCGUUCUCCUCAGCAGCGGGCUCACCUCCGCUAGAUCGCUCAGCGGAAUCAACGGUGGAGGUGGCGGUGGCAGUGGUGCCGGUGGAGGUGGUGGUGGAGGGUUAGAUGGUGGUUCUGGGUCUGGUUACGGUGAAGGAUAUGGUGAGGGUGCUGGCGGAGGAGUUGGUGGAGGAUACGGAAAGGGAGGCGGUGGUGGAGGUGGCGGCGGUGGUGGAGAAGGUGGUGGUGAAGGCUCGGGCUAUGGCUCUGGGCAGGGUCAUGGUUCGGGCUAUGGCUCUGGCGCCGGCGGUGCGCAUGGCGGAGGCUAUGGGAGUGGCGGAGGUGGUGGUGGCGGUGGCGGCUCCGGCGGGGGGCACGGAGGCGGGAGUGGAUCGGGAUAUGGCUCGGGAGGUGGUUCUGGGUAUGGUGGCGGUGGCGCGCAUGGCGGAGGCUACGGAAGUGGUGGAGGUGGUGGAGGCGGUGGUGGGUCGGGUGGUGGCUCCGGCUCUGGCUCCGGCUCCGGCUACGGGUCUGGUUAUGGUGCUGGCUAUGGGAAUGGUGGGGGUGAAGAUGGACACUACUGGCUCCAGGCUGGAUGUGUCUUAAGCUUUUGCUACCAUCACCACCAUCAACAUCAGCACCAUCGCUGCGGCGCCAUGGAAUCCUUCUUGCAAUCCCCCCUUGUGCCUGCUUUGGUGUUAGUAUUGCUCAUGACACCUUACAUCGAGGCCAUUAACGGUCGCCAGCAUAGCAUCAUCAACUUCAACCAGCACCAUUUCCACCAUCUCACAGGGCAUCAUGGAAAGUUUAGAGCCAGCCAAUGGAACUUUGCACAUGCUACAUUUUAUGGAGGCAGCGAUGGCUCCGAUACAAGGGCGGGAGCAUGUGGUUACCAAGACACGGUGAGUCAAGGCUAUGGGCUGCAGACUGCUGCAUUGAGUAAUGCUCUGUUUAAUGAUGGCUUGUCAUGUGGAGCUUGUUUCGAGAUCAAGUGCCACGACGAUCCCAAGUGGUGCAAACCCGGCAACCCUUCCAUUUUUGUGACAGCCACCAACCAAUGCCCACCCAACUACUACUUGCCUAGUGACAAUGGAGGCUGGUGCAACCCACCUCGCGUCCAUUUUGAUCUUACACAACCGGCCUUCCUCCAAAUCGCCGAGUAUAAAGCUGGGAUCGUGCCUGUAGCAUAUCGCAGGGUUCCAUGCAAGAGACAAGGUGGCAUCAGAUUCACUAUCACCGGAAAUCGUUACUUCAACCUAGUCCUUGUGUGGAAUGUCGCCGGCGCCGGAGAUGUACACAAUGUGCUAGUUAAAGGAAACAAGUUGCCAUGGGUGACGAUGAGCCGGAACUGGGGCCAGUACUGGCAAACUAAUAAAGACUUGACCGGCCAAUCUCUAGCAUUCAGAGUCAUAACCAGUGAUGGACGCAAAUCAACCUCUUGGCACAUCACCCCUCGCAACUGGCAAUUUGGCCAGACCUUUGAAGGCAAGAACUUCAAGUACUGAGCACAUUUAGCAUAAUAGUAUAAGCCCCAUCUUUGUCCAACUUCUAUUAGAUGCUGUAUCUCGGAGCUUGGUAGCUAUAGGAGUUUGCUGAAGAUUGAUAAAGCCAGGACGUAGCAUAUCAGUGUAGAAGUUGAAUGACAUUAGUCGGAGCAGUUAUAGUGCAGGGCAUAAAAGGAGAUUAGAAAGAAGAAAUUGAUGCCUAGCUUAUGUAUAAUAAAUCAUUCAGGUCAUAUUUAUGAACAUGGUGGUGCAGAUAAUUAA